GAACGCAGGUCGGUCCUGAGGGGCUCGGGGGAGCCCGCCAGGCCGUGCCUGGAGCUCGGGGUUCUUCGCCAGUCCAAGCAAACGUGCUGGUCCCCGGUGCCCACCUGCAGACUGAGCUGGAUACUUACAACAGGAAAAUCUUCAAGCUACCUGUCAUCAAUUUAUUUUGGAAAGCUCAGAUUUGAAAGAAUAUGCAGAGCACUGCACAGAAGAUGGGUUUAUUCCAGCCUGCUUGCUGUCGCUGUGUGGAAAAAACUUGACAACUAUUCUUAAUGAAUAUGUAGCCAUGAAAACAAAAGAAACAACAAAUGAAGUUCCUGCAAUGAUGUCAUCUCUGUGGAAAAAAUUAGACUAUACACUUUCUCAGAUCAGGACCAUGCAGAGUUCAGAUUUUAGAUUUUCUUCUAAUCAAAGGAUACGUACGAGAAGUGGAAUUGUAGAAAUGAAAAGACAGAGAAUGCUUCAGCAGUCCGCUCCUGCAAACUCAGGAUUGCUGUCAGUAGCCCAUCAGUCAGGGCCACAGAAUUCCUCUCCUGUUAUAUCUCCUCAAGUAGUUCCUAGGCCAGCAGUAAAUCAAAGUGUGCUGCCACAGACAAGACCGAACACACUCUUUGUGAACCAGUCGCAAACGCAAGAAAAGAUCAACACAGGAGGUUUCAUACACAUUCAGGUUCCAACAUCACAAGAACGGAAGCUUCAUUCAAACUUGCUUUCUCCAGGAAGGCGAAAAAGUGAAUCUCAAAAGAGGAAAAGUAUUGGAACAUCUGGACCUCUUUCAGCAACUAGAGGUUCUCAAGACUCUGACGAAGCAGUAACAGAAAAAGAAAGUGAGCCCCUUGAAGAAUUAAUUGAUGGUAACUUCCCACAACUGGUUAUUGAAAAUGCCAGAGAAAAAAUUUUGAGCAACAAAUCUCUUCAGGAGAAGCUCGCUGAAAACAUUAACAAAAUUCUGGGCAGUGAUGGCAGUGUUGCUCAGGCCCCUAAACAGACAGACAGUGGUCCCACAGAACAGGAGACUUCGAUUGAUGAAAUCCUUGGACUUCAGGGUGAAAUUCAUAUGUCAGAAGAGGCUAUACAGGACAUUCUAGAACAGACAGAAUCAGAUCCAGCUUUUCAGGCUCUCUUUGACUGGUUUGAUUAUGGAAAAAGCAAGGUAAACAAGAACUUACCUGCUGGUAUUUCUGGUCGGAGUGGAGUAGAAAAUGAAAUCCUGGUGGGUGAGGAUAGCCUGGCAACAUUUGAAAGUUCUUUAGGAACAGAAGAAAGCAGCAGAUGUGAUAAUUCUAGAGAACCACUAUCCUGUAAAGAUUUUCAGUUAGGAGAAGCAUCAUGUGCCUUGAAGACCAGCAUAAAUGAUGAUGAUGUGGCUAAGAAAAAUACAACCAAUGAACAGCUGCAUGGCAAUUGUAGACCCAGGAAGCAGACUGAAGUACUUACAACAAUUACCCCUGAACAUAUUGGAGAUCUUGAAAUUGCUUUUGACUCUGUGCCUGGUUUGACUGAACCUGACAAGAGACAGAGUUCUGACAGCAAAUGUAAUGAACACUGCGCAGACACGUAUGUUACAAAAGAGUCCUCUACGUUAGUAUCUGAAAGUGAGAGCACCAUGGAAAUUGAAAAAGGCCCACCAAGUCAUAAUUCUCAAAGUAGUCCUAGCUUAGAAUAUGUUCAUUCUGGUAGGCCACAGGUUUCUUUGAUUUCACUGGCAGAGGAUACUACAGCCAGUGAAAACAAAACUCAUUCUCCAAGUAAAUGUCAGUUAUCACCAGAUACGUCACUGUCUGAAAAAACACUUUCUGUAAGUCCUUCUGAUGGGAGCCCCGGCCACGGUGUACCACUGAGAAAAAACAAUUCACCCAUUUCUAGCCCAUCAGCAGAUACAGAAAAAGAACAGACUGUAACAAAUGAUACAGCUGCCCUACCUGGUGUUGUACAGGAGAACUCUGGUCACCACUCUGGCCAUCAGGACCAGGGCACGGAGUCAGACUGUGCUGCAGGGUCUGCAGGGGAGAUUUCGGAUCUUGACAAAGCAGAGUUGCAGCUGGAAGUUGUUGAUACAUCUAACAAAACUUAUUCAAAUGAUCAGCAUGCACUUGAUAAGCCUUGUAAGAAGGAUUUUAACCUCCCUUCAGGACUGUCAAGCUCAGAGGGUACACAAGGGGAAAUGCAAGAACCUUCCUCUUCUACAAAAGUAGAUGCCGAUAAUUUAUAUUUCUCUCCUAGUGGUAAUGCAUGUUCAGAAAUUUCUGUAGUAUCCACUGAAAACAAUCUUACUACCUCUGAAAUAUGCCCCUCUCCUCUCCCAGAAACUGCAUCCUCAACACAGGAGUCAGGUACUGAGACCAAAAGUAUAAGCAGCGUAUCUUCUAGUAGUCAACCAAUGGAUGUUGAUCCUUCUAAUAUUAUGUCCCUCAAGAUCAUCAUCAGCGAUGAUCCAUUUAUUUCAUCAGACACAGAGUUAAAUAACGCUGUUUCCAGCAUCACAGGAGAAAAUUUGCCUACUAUAAUACUGUCAUCUCCAGCCAAAUCCCCAGCCAAAACUGCAGGCCUGUCCAAAUGUCUAACUUCAGAAGAUACAGAAAAAAAUGUGGAUUCAGCUGCCUUGACAGAGCAGAAUCUUCUUGUGCUUAGACCUAAAGAUCCUGUGGUCACCUCAGUUAACACUCAGAAUGAAGACUGCACUGGCUUUUCAGUGGCAGGUUCAACUCACCUUUCUAACGAAGGGAGCCUUAUACAGUUGAUGCCAGCAACAAGCACAGCUUUUGGGAAUUCGAGCAACCUUUAUAUAGCCACCUGUAUGACUGAUCCAGCAACCUUGGGCACAGCUGUAACGCCAUCAAAUGUAGUUGUACUGCCUGGCAAUUCUAUGCCACUUGCUUCCCAAGCUCCAGCUGUACAACAGUUACAAACUCCUCCUAGAUCCAGUAAUACGUUUCCAGCAAACCAGACCGUCUCCCCAAACUUCCCACAAGGUUCUGCCAUUAUAAUUGCUUCUCCAGUGCAACCAGUUUUGCAAGGAAUGGUGGGAAUGAUACCUCUCUCGGUAGUAGGACAAAAUGGAAAUACGUUCUCAGCACCUGCCUGCCAGGUUCUGCAUAUGCCUGUGGCUAAUCCAGUGUGCAACGGAACUGUCCCAAAACUUCCCAUCCCUCCCAAAUCACAGAAGAUUCCUGGAGCAAGAAACAAGACUAAUACAGGAAAACUGGUUCCAAGUGUAGCUGAGCCCUUGAACCAUACAAAUUCUCGAACACAAAGGACUGGAAACUGGGACAAGCUUACCAGUGUGGAAGCAGGAAGGAAAGUGGAGGAGAACUUACCUGUUGCACCAGUAGAGAGCACAAGCUCAAAUUCAAGACAAAGUGAGAGUCACAGGAGAGUGCUUUGCUUUGAUAACCUCCUACCCACUCCAGGAGGAAACACCCAAAUUCAGACUGCUAAGAGUUCAUCCCAAAAAGAAAGAAACGAAAAUACUUUAUUUGCUGUUGACUCUGCGUCCUCCUCUGCUAAGGCACAGGUGCCAAAGAGAGAGAAGGAUAAAACGUUGCCCAGAAUUCUGUGUAAGCCAGAAGUUGGUAGCAACAGAAGCACAUCUGCAAAGGAGCUGCAGCCCGACCGGAAGGUGGCAACUGCAGGAAUGUCACUGGAUCCCUUCCACAAGACUACAGCAAACAAAGAGAAUGAAUUACGAAGGGAUACUGAUGAAAAGCAGAAGAACCAGGACGCUGCCAAACUCUCAAAUGGUCAACAGAGUGUUGGCUUAUGGAAUGAGAAGACAGUUGCUUCGGUGCAAGAGCUGAACAAAAAGCAGGGGUCGCUGUCCAAUGGGAAUGGAAAUAGCAAAUCUUCAGGCCCCGUUUCUUUGUCCUCGAAGGAGCCAAAGCGAGAACCAGCUAAAGUUUCCAACCAAGGCAUUUGCCUGUCAAGUCCGUUCAGUAAACAAUGUGUGGAAAUGUUGCAAGACAUUCAGUGGCAAAGCCCAGCUGGUAAAACAGUUGAAAACGGAGAGUUGCCAGUGCCUCGUACGCCGUCUGGAGUUGGGGACAGGCACGCGGAUGAUACCACAGACAGCGUACGGACACCGACCUGCCGGCGCUUCAACGAGGACAGCACGACCCCCAGAAUCAUGGUACCCCCUGCCACGCCAGACCUGCCUGCCUGCAGCCCUGCCAGCGAGACAGGCAGUGAGAACAGCGUCAGUAUGGCAGCCCACACGCUCAUGAUCCUGUCACGGGCGGCCAUUGCGAGGACUAGCACUGCCACCCCCCUGAAGGACAACACUCACCAGUUUAGGUCUUUAAGGAGCACGGUAAAGAAAAGGAAACUAGAGGACUUGAACGAGGGUGAGAGAAAUUCACGUUCUGCAAAUAGGAAAGACCUUCAGAGCUCUCCAACACCAUCAAAAAAGAAGAAAAUAAAGAAAAAGAAGCUGCCCAAUUCUUUUCCAGCAGGAAUGGAUGUGGACAAGUUCUUGUUGUCUUUGCAUUAUGAUGAAUGAACAAAAAGAGGUUGAACUGGGACCGUCUGAAGCUCAGUGGAGCGAUGCUGAGGUUUUGCAUGGGAAUAGAAGUUAACUCUAAAGGGCGAGUUGCACUUUGAGUGCACUGAAGUUUCACUUUAUAGCAAAGUUGUGCUGUUUCUGAAGCAGGUUGCUAAGUGUAAAUAUCAUUGAGUUGGUAUAUGUUUAUUUUUGAAAAAGCACUUGCCUAAUUAUAGAGCCAUUUAAUUUGCAAAACUGUAAAUCUGUGUAAAUGAAAUGUAAGAAAGGUUGUACAUUUCACGUUACACCACGUUAUCUGUGUUCUGCUGCUUUCUCUACUUAUCCCUAUGACCCGCUCAGCGAGUCUGUGAAGAGGUGGUACGUUUGAAGGUGGUUUUUUAUCAUUCACCAUUCAAAGACACGGGCAGCUACCUUGGCCACUUCCCAUUGUCUUGUUGAAUCUAAAAGGGACUUAAAUCUUCAGAUCUAACUGGCUUGUACUAACACUCUCUUCUCUCACAACUGUCAAACCCGUGUUGAAGGGCUUUGAAUGAGUUAACAAAAAUACCGGUAUCUGAACAUACGGCAAAUAAAACCUCAAAAAGCAUUUCUCAUCUGAUGCUUUUCCCAGCCAGUCCUUCAGACAAGAACUUUAAUUUGGAUAGGCCUCAUCUGUUUACAGUAUUUGCUGCAUAGGAUGCAAUUUGAAUGCAAAAGCUGUUUACAAACAAUGUAUUUUUGUGUGGGGUUACACCCCAGUAUGAAUACUUAAACUGGAGCGACAGCAGACAUGUGUUCUGUUGCAAAAGUCAAUUCUUUUACCUGUCAUUUGUAUGCUGAGAAGUUUGUUACUAUCUCUCUCUUACGUUUUUAGCCAGACACGAAAAAAAUUGCAUCUGAUUUCUCUGUUUAACGUAGAGGUUGUCACUGCUGUUAUACAAACUCUCUUCAAGAGGGGUGCAGGAGAAGCUCAGCCUGCAUUUUACUAAUAACUAGCAUGGGUUGCUCCAAAACGGCAGAAUUUUCUCUACUGGUAUUUCUUCCUUUGUUCUCAAAUUGUUGAGGUAUUAAAAAAUGCAAGUUUUGUUGUAAAAGUUCUGUACAGCAACAGGGCGAUGUUUCAGAUAGAAUACAAGGAUUCCUAAGGAACCAAUAUUAUGCAGUAGAUGUUUAUAUUAAACCCAUCCAAUAACUAAAUACUGCAUAGCAUUUACAGCUUGAAUAAAUAUUUUUGUUUUAAUAAAAA